CCCCGGCCGGCCGGCAUGGAGCCGAGCUGGCUGCUGGGGGGCGCAGCCCUGCUGCUGCUGCUGCUCCUGCUGCUGCCCGCGCUCCUGGCGCUCAGCCCCGCCGCCCACUUCCAGCUCAAGAUCGGCUUCUACUGCGUCCUGUGCGUGGUGGCCUCGGCGCUGGCCGUCCCGCUCUGCCUGCUGCGGCACGGCGGCCGCACCGUGCGCAACAUGAGAAUCAUCAAAAAUAUCGUUAAGACCUUCAAGUAUAUUUAUGGCCUGAGAUUUGAGGUGAAAGGACUGGAGAACUUCCAGAUCGAGAGGCCAUGUGUCAUCGUGUCAAACCAUCAGAGCAUCCUGGACAUGAUGGGGUUGAUGGAAAUCCUCCCAGAUAACUGUGUUCAGAUCGGCAAGAAGGAGCUGCUGUACACUGGCCCUGUGGGCCUGAUAAUGUACCUGGGUGGCGUCAUCUUCAUUAACAGGAAGAGUACGAGCAGUGCCAAGACAGUGAUGUCCGGGGUUGUCCAGACCAUGCUGGAUGAGAACGUGAAGGUGUGGAUAUACCCAGAGGGCACGAGGAACGGGAAUGGUGACUUGUUACCAUUCAAGAAAGGAGCUUUUCAUAUCGCUGUACAAGCACAGGUUCCGAUUAUUCCUGUGGUUUAUUCCUCAUUCUCUUCGUUUUACAAUCCAGCCAAGAAGCUAUUUAUAUCAGGUAAAAUCCAGGUUGAGGUGCUCCAGCCAAUUGAGACCAAGGGCCUGAAGGACGAGGAUGUCACGGACCUCACGGAGCGAUGCUACUGCACCAUGAGGGAGACCUUUUUCAGAUUAUCUGGCAUGACGAGUGAGGCGAACGGCUCAAUGCAGGGCCCUCAACAAUAGUAUUCCCAAAUAGCAGGGACUGAAAGGACCUAUUUCCAUUGCCAAAAUAUCCAAGGGAUUUCUCCCCUUCCUUUACAGCAGGUUUGGGCAAAUCCUAAACCUCUGCUUAGGGUAACCUUAGUUGACACACCAUUUGUUGGGCCAGUUCUACUGUUCGGUGAAUCUCUUUUUGUGGGUUAUCUCCCAUGGGGAAGUGUCUGCUGCACUCAGUUUAUCAAACACCCUACAAGGGCUAGUGAAGGGCUCUUGUCCUGAUGUCUAGUGCAGUGACCAUUCUGAACUCUUCUGCGAGCUCCUGCCACGCUCAGGUAGCUGGGACACUAGGUGUUGCAGAACACCAUGUUAAGGUCCUGGCACUGAGCACUGUAAGCCUGGUACUUGCCACAGCCAAUCCAUUGGAUGCCGAAGACCGUGUAAGGUACAUCUUUGCAGCCUCCAAAUAAUUAAAACUCGCUCUCAUCCUGUCCCUAGCUGUUGGUGCUUGAGGAGGUGAGGGUGGGAGCAGUUCAGAUGGUGUUGCUCUUGUGGCUGUGCAUUCCCAACACUUACUGGCAGGGACUGAUGCCCUAGCUGAAAUCUUGCUCACAGCUGAAAUCCAGCUUCUAAAGUCUCUGCCCAGUGCUCAGUUCCAUUCUUCCCAGCCUCGAAUCUCACUUUAGACACAAUUUGUUUUUUGUCAAAUCAACCUGUUUGGGUUUUUGUUAAGACACUAAGCACCUGUGAUUCUGCUCAGACACAAAGAUGGGAGACCAACCACUCACCCCUUCCUGAUGGAAUGGCCAAGUCGUAACAGGGAACUGAAAUGUGCAGGAUGCUCUUACCAGAAAUCCUGGGGCAAGCUUUGUACAGAUGUCAGUCCCUUGCUCACUCUCCAGACAGAGUGAAUUCCCCAGCAGUACUUCUGGCCAUCUUGCAGCCUAAGGCUUUCUUCAGGUGGGCCUCUAAACAUGCUUCCUUUGGGUCUCUGGGCUAGGACAGGUGGGCCUUAUGGGGCCAGCUACUCUUGAUGCUGUCCCUUAAUGAAGUCAAGUUUGUGUCCACUGAGUGGACAAGCUCCAUGCAGACUCAUUUAGGGAUGGCGUAAGAGGGGGGAACAUGGAAACCUAAAACACUCAACCAAACCUGUGGUAUAGUGUCUUGGUAGGUUUUUAUCUAAACACUUAGCAUCCCCAUAGAGGUUUGCAUUAUGGCAGCCAUCAGGCUCUCUAAACAAAAUCCCUGGGGUUUGUAAGUGAUGCAUUAACAUGCCAAGAACUAAACUAAAAGGAUGAGACAACCCCACAAGAGACAGGGACUCUUCUCUGCUCAUCCCCAUUGUUUUGCAUUACAGCCAGCGUCCCUGAUUUAGUAUAUACUCUUGUACUCCACGUGAUGGCUUGCCUUUAGGAUAGAGCCAGGUAUGACGGGCUGAGGGAAGGGUAGAUGUGGCACUUCCUUGGUAUUUGUUGCAAUGCUUUCAGUGCUCAAAUGUUUUGUUUAAAGUUGUUUUUAAUCUAGGUUUUGUACCUAGACUCUUCGCUGCUGCUCUUGCUUCCUAAGGGCUAUACUGUGCUGUUCGACACACUGCACAUCGACCAAAAGACAGUGCCUGCCAUACAAACAUGUCUCAGAAUGUUAGCCUUACUAGGACCGUUAGUGUUAGGUGAAAGCCAUGGUGCUGGAGAUGUAAAACAUGCUGGAUGGGAGAGGGGUAUUAUGGCCCUGAAUCAAUAUUUCCUUCGGUCUGAAUUUGCCAGCUGGAAAUAGCAGCUAGAGGGAUUCCUGGUAACUGAGUUUGACUCUCCUCACCCAGCAGUAGAAAUAUAGAGCUCCUGAAAGGGAGUAACAGCAGAGAUGUUUAUGCUCCCUGGGGGAGCAGGCCUUGACCAUGAAAACUCCCAGGGAUUUGCUUAGAGGCCUUGUGGGAAUGUUGCCUCAAGUUGACAAAGGCAGUGCAUCUCUUCAUGUAAAGUAAUCUUGUGCAAUGCAUCAUCCCCAAGCCUCCUGCUCAGUGGGUGGCAUUGGAGAUGAUGAUGCUGUCUCAAUCACGGAAUUCCUAUUUUUUCUAUAAAGGACACCAAAUCGAAUGCUUAAAAAGCACUAAUGCAGAACUGGGAGAAACCAAAUAGAGGAUGCUGGGAGUAGGUAGCUCCACAUGGUUCAGAGCUGCAGCUAGAGCCGUGUUUACAAAUGAAUAUUCGAGCGUCCAUCUGUUGAAAUCUGAUUUCAGUACAGAACCAAUCCUCCUGCUCUUCAGUUCUGAAAUCCAAAGCAGCACUUUUUUUUUCCUUCCAUAAGAACGGCAGACAAAGUGGCUAUAUCCAAAUUCUUGGGGAGAUUUCAUACCCUCCUGCCCAGCAGCUCCUGUGUAGAGUGAGCAGUUGGGAUGGUAGGGUGCUUGUAACGGGUGGAUAUUUUUCUUUGGCCAAAGAUGACUCUGUAUCAGAUGUAUAAAUUUGUCUGUCUGUUUAUGACCGAAGUGGGAAAAGAGAUUGAGCGUGCACAAAGGCAGUUGUCUGCUGUUCUGUUUUUUAGUCGUUUAAACAAUGUAUGUUUGAUCAAAUGUACAUUCUUAUAAAGCAGUUAUUUAAAUAGAAA